AUGGCAGGGCUUGCUGAUUUUUUAGAAAAACAUAGAAUUCAGCUAUUUGGGAUGAAUUUCCCUGAAGAAAUUUUCCCGCUUUUGUAUCAAAAACUUACAAGUGAAAUUUUUGACACCGGGGAUUUCUUCAAAAUCAUGCAAAAAGCGAAUGAGUAUGACGAAAUUACAGGCCAAGAAGUAAUGCUUAUACGCGAUUUGCAUCCUUUUUCUAAUGUUUUUCUGAUAGAUCAUGCAUGGAGCACAAGAUUGGCUGAUAUGAGAGCCACAAUAAGCAAUAAUGAAAGGCUAUGGGAAAGACUUGAAGGAAUUGCAAGAAUUAUUCCAGAAAAGAUGGAAAUUCCUGGGAUUCAGGAAGAAAAAAAGCCAGGAGUCUUUCAGACGUACUCGAUGGAUAUCGAAAAUCAAGGCAUAGACGAAAUACCUACAAUAAUGCCGGGAAUUUUAAUGCUGAGUUUGUGGGGAAAUAAUUUCGCCGAGUUCAGCCAAUUUGAGAAUGUUUUAAGUGGCUUAAAAGCUUUGUGGCUUAAUGAAAAUCCAAUCAGCGAGAACGAGUCAGAGCUGUUUGAAUUUAUUGAAAAUAACUAUAAAAAUAUAGAGAUCCUGAACUCGAAAUUGACCAAAAAUGCUGGGACGUGGGCUUUAAAAUAUUUAGGGAAUACCCUGGAUUUAACUGCUGUUACCCACAUAGAUUUUUCUGAUAGACAAAUCAACAGAAUUGACCCAGAAAUUCUUAAACAGAUACCGAACGCUUUUUCUAUUGAUAUGACAGGGAAUGUAAUCACUAAUGAAUGGCUAGCAGCGAUAAACAAAUUCAAAAUUUUGAAAAUUGAUAAAAAUUAUGAAGAAUUAAUAUGAAACACUUUAGACGAUUUUCCGAAUCUUAAAUAUUUAAACGGAAAUGAUACAGUCAAAUACAAGCCUAGCCCAGUAGAUUUAGUGAUAGAAAAACUAUGGAAAUUCUUUGGCACUUACAGAUUGGCCACAUCUUCUCAAUAUGAUGAAACUUCAGUGUGGUAUAUUCUUGAUGAAUUUGGGUGCUCGAUUUCUCAUAGUGAUAUGCCUAACUUUGCUUUAGCUCCUUUCUUAUAUAUUCCUCCUCAAGGUGAGCCAAUUUCAUAUUCUCUGUUGUGGCCUAUAACUCCAGCUUUGGAAAGAGAUAUCGUAACAAGAAAUUUCUUGUCAGGGAUUAGUGAAGAACAGUUUAGGUCUUACCGACUUUAUUUAUGGUACAAAAUUCCAAGAGAACCUAUUGAUACUCAAUAUCAUAAAUGGUUGAAAUGCUUAGGGACAAAUUCACCUGUAGAGCCUGAAAAAAAUAGCAGUGGCGCUGAAGUUUUUGAAAUUCCUCUAAAAAUCGCUACAGACCUUGAUUUCUUUAAAAGGUCACUAAAUGACCCAAGGUUUGUAAUCAGUGAGCCAGAAGAUGCAAAUGUCCUAUGGAUACGUGGACAAUUAUUUAUUGGAGGUCAAAAAGAAUAUGCGUUUUCGCCAGAUCUAUUUAUAAAUCAAUUUCCUUAUGAAGGCUGCUUAGUGAUGAAAAACCAAUUAGCAAAAACAAUCCAACAAAACGCCAAAGUAAAUUGGCUUCCUUUAACAUUUGAGCUUGAUAAAGAGCUCCCAGCUUUAAUGGGAGAAUAUUUAAAAAGAAAAGACAACGGCGAAGACAACCAUUGGAUCUUAAAGCCAAUAAACAUGUCCAGAAGCCUUGAUACUUGGAUAACAAACAGUUUGGAUUCAAUAAUAAAAGUUAUGGAAACUGGCCCUAAGAUCUGCCAAAAAUACCUUACCAGGCCAUUACUUAUUAAUGGGAAAAAGUUUGACCUGAGAUUUAUAGUCUUGCUAAAGAGCAUUUCCCCAUUAAAAGUUUAUGUUUAUGACCGCUUUUGGGUGAGAUCUUCAAAUAAUCCAUUUACUCUUACAUACUCUCAAGAUUCCGUAUAUGAAACUCAUUUUACAGUCAUGAACUACUCAGGGCACAAUUUAAAGAAAAUCAUGGACACUGAGCUUGCAGAGCUCUAUGAGCAGCAAUAUGGCCUCCCAUGGCAACCAGUACAGGACUCAAUCUAUAAAGCAAUUAAAGAAUGUUUCACGAUAGCUGCAACCUCUCACCCACAGAUGCACAACCCUAAAUCUCGUGCCAUUUAUGGCCUUGACGUGAUGCUUGACGAAAACAAGCAGCCAUACAUUCUUGAGGUAAAUUUCUGUCCUGACUGUGAGCGUGCAGUAACUUAUUUCCCAGAAUUCGCCAAUGAAAUUUUUUCAUGCUUAUUCUUUGAUGAAACUAAAAGCGUAAUUGAAUUAUAA